GAUAUACAACUUCUUGUUGGGUAUGGUUGCCCUACAAUAGACAAGAAAGUUGUCUUCUCUGCAAAGUUGUUGAGGAAACAUGCUCAUCUUGAUGAAGGAGAUCUUAAGGAAUUCUUGCGAACGGGCAUAUUUGCUCACAAAUAAAGAAGAUGAGGCAAGAACAAUUGACAUCAUGCGUGUACUAAUGACAUAUGGGUUUGAUCCGGUAAACGGGUCAGUUGUCAAUGACUCACUUUUGAAGAAAAAACAAGUAAAGGCCGCAGUACGCAAAUUACUUCAUGAAGUGGUUAAAUUAAGUGCAAUUCCGAUAGACCCUAACCUUCCACCACCUAUCAUCAAAAGGCCGCCUCCCAAGGUCAAGCAAACGCCACCUCCUCCAAGAAGACGUGUUGGUCGUGAUGAUGUUGAGAUGAAAAAGGGCGACUGGCUUUGUCCAAAGUGUGACUUCAUGAAUUUUGCAAAGAACACAGAGUGUAUGCAAUGUGAUGCCAAACGACCAAAGAGACAACUGCUUCCAGGCGAAUGGGAAUGCCCUGAGUGUCAGUUUUUGAAUUACAGAAGAAAUAUGGAUUGUUUCCACUGUCAAUGCAAACGCCCAGCAGAUGAAUUUACUGAAAAUCAAUUGCGAGAAAGGCAAUUUGGUCAAAGGUCAAGAUUUGACAACACUCCAAGCAGGAAAGAAGUUUCUGAUGCAUGGAACUUUGAUUUUGAUGAAAAUGAAUCUGAUGGUGCUGAAGUCGCUGCUUUUGAGUAUGCAGAUUCCCGAAAAUUAGAUGAAGAUUUUUCAACAAACAGACAGAGAGAUGAUGAAAAUAUAUCACGACCUGACAACAAUCACUUUCAGAAUAGGAGGCCCCUAAGGCCUCAAGAAACAGGGUACUCAGGCUUUGGUGCUAAACCGGGUGUUGGGUUUGAUGAUUUUGAUGAUGAGGAAGACGAUGAUGUGAGUAAUUAUGAGUUAGAUACAAAACCGAGCAAUGCUUCAGUUAACUUUUCUGAUCUUGAUGUUGAUCCCGAGUCUGAAGAUGAGAAUUAUGAUGCUUGUAGGCCUGUUUCUUCUGUUUCUUCCCCAAGAAAUAAACGCACGUCAAAAUCUACUCGACGGAAAUCUGCAUAUUCUGAUGAUGGUAUUGAUUUUAACUCGGAUGAUGAUCUACCAGUUCAUCCAAACUGGAAAUCAAGUCACGUGGCUGAUUUCAGACACAGAAGCAGAGGCCCAAUGGGGAGCAAGUACGGCUCAGAUGAAGAUUCUGAUCUCAACUCUGGUGAUGAAGACUCGAGUGAUGAUGAUUUCCCACCUAAAAGAAAGGGACGGAUGAAUACAAGGUCAAACGAGUAUCGUAAAUCCAAAAAUGACUUUUCUGAUGAAGAUGACCGGUUCAGCGGAGAUAGAUCCAGAGGGAGAACACAGAUUCAUGAUAGAAGAAAGAAUCUUGGCAAGGGCUCGAGCUUUUCAAAAGGGCCAGGAUCAAGAGGUAACUAUGAUGGUCAUAGAAAAGAUUCAUAUGAGGGUGGUUCACGUGAUUUUAGAAGUCACAAACGUGAAAACUUCAGUGAGAAACAGAAUCACCGAUCAAAUAUGGCCCGAGGUUCUUCAGGUGGAGGAGCAGCUGACAGUUAUUUAGAUCAUGAAAGGUUUAGUAGGCCAAGGGUUAAUGUACGGUGAUUGAACUCAGCCAUUGGACGCCACUGCCAACUGAGUUAUAUUGGCCUACUAAACAUGGCAGGGAGAGUAUUAUCAUGAUACAAAGGUUCAUGAGAAUCCCGUUGUAAUCAUUUCAUUUGCUGGCCUAUGUGACGACCCAAGAAACGGAUUUAGGUGCAGAUUGUGAAUAAAGGGAGAAAUAUAACCUAAACAAAUUCGGUUGAAAGGUUAGAAAUCAGAAAUUAAAGGUUCUCUUUGUUAUAAUGUGAGAUGCUUUGUCAUACACUCAGGUUUGAUGAAAUAGUGAGAACUGUAGAGUUCGUGAAUUGUUUGGAACAAUAGUUUUGUUUUGUCAUAAACUUUUAUGAGGAAAAAAUAGACGCAUCUCCUUUUUGUA